AUGUCCUCACCCCGGCCUCUGAGAGCUUUAACAUGUAGUGGUAGGCUUCCAAUAUGGAUGUUGGUUCUUCAUCUCUACAUAAGCUAUGGUAAGUAGGCUGAAUAGUUUUCUUGAUUCCAAAAAAUAUAUAAAACAAUAGUUUUUGCUCAUCUUUUCUAUUGAAAUGCUUUAUUUUCAGUUGUUGCAGAGGACAUCACCAGAGUAGUUGGACGAGUAGGAGACUCCAUAUUCCUUCACCCUAAAAUGUACUUAUACGCCGAGUUCUCUGAUGUGAGAUGGAAACAUGUUAAUACAAAUAUGUUAAUAGCUAGAAAUGGCACGCUUGUUAAUUUAAUGGAUAGGUGUGAGAUCUUUCUAAAUGGUUCACUGAAGUUUUAUGAAGGACUGAAAAGAGACAGUGGAAAUUAUACAGUGUCACAAUACCAUAAAGAUGGAGCUCUUCUAUCCGUGCGGAACAUUGAGCUCGUUAUUCUAGGUGGGUUGUUUGAAAUUAUUGCAAGUUUUGACAUUUGUCAAUGAAGAUUUAGCACAAGCAUACCCAUCUAUGUUGAUUAAAGGGGCAAUCUGCAUUUCAAACAAUAACGGUGUAAACCCAGCCAUUGUUUUGGUAAACAGCUGAGGGAUGGGGCAGUAAAAAUGUUUCUACUCUCAAAUUCAUUGACUGAGCUAUGGAUGCAAGGACUGACCAUGUCUUGUGCUGCUACCAUGUUGUGUUGCUACCAUGCUGUGUUGUCAUGUGUUGCUGUCAUGCUAAGUGGUUGUCUUAGGUCUCUCUUUAUGUGGUGUUGUGGUGUCUCUCUUGUCAUGAUGUGUGUUUUGUCCUAUAUUUUAGUUUUUAGUUUUUUUUUAAACCCCACCCCCGUCCCCACAGGAGGCCUUUUGCCUUUUGGUAGGCCGUCAUUGUAAAUAAGAAUUUGUUCUUAACUGACUUGCCUAGUUAAAUAAAAAUAAAUAUAUAAAACCAUCCAUGAUAUCAAAAUUAGCGUUGUAACCAUGUUUUGUGGCUAAACAGUGUUUGUUUCCAAUUACAUUGUUUAUAAACAAUGGAGUAAAACAGGCUUAUAUUUGGGGUUCUGGUGGGGUACAACAGUUGAACUAAGCUCAAGAGGAAUUUAUAAGUAAUAGGCCUCCUGUAGCUCAGUUGGUAGAGCAUGGCGCUUGCAACGCCAGGGUUGUGGGUUUAAUUCCCACGGGGGGCCUGUAUGAAAAAAAAAAUAAUGCACUCUGGAUAAGAGUAUCUGCUAAAUGACUAAAAUGUAAAUGUAAGAAUCAAUGGGUAUAUCAUAAAUUUAAGUCCAAAUGGAUGUACCAUUUUGCAGAUUGCCCCUUUAACGUAUUAAUUAGAGUUUUCCCCCAUUAGAUUUAUUUAGGCUUGCUUUCAUUUGUUGUCCAUUUGUUAAUUUAUUUGCUUCAUUUCGACUGAAAAUAAUGUUCUCUGUUGUAGCUUGUUGAUUGACUUUGCACUGUGUGAUUGUAUAUUUGUGUGACAUGAAUGAUUUACAUUUCAGAACCUGUCUCCAAACCAAAGGUGCGAACGUCCUGUACUUUUGAUGGGAGAGUUGUUCUGACUUGCUCUGUUGAUAAAGGAGACAGAAUUGUGAUGGCCUGGACCAGGUCCAAUCAGACCCUGAGCUCAGGUCCUGUUCUGUUCCCUGACAGCCAUAUGCCUGGACACCUGACCUGUGUGGCAAUGAAUGAAAUAAGUGAAGAAGACUUCAGACCAGUUCUCCCGACAUGCAGAGGUACAGUAACUCAUCAUGCACUUUCUGCAUACUAUUGGUCCAGAACCAUUCUCUCUGGACAGUACAGUAGACCUGCCUGUUACUUGUCCUUUAAUUGAGUAGCACAGUAUGUAUUGAGCCAAGUUUUGAAGGCACAAAUAUGAUUCAGGGGAUAGGGUACUACAUAACAAAGUACCUUUUUUAAGAUCAUGAAUAUAUUUACAAUUAAACUGUGGCAUCUGUUUUGGAAAAAGGUCACAUUUCAGAUGUAGCUGCAUUUGGGCUCUUUGCAUUUGCACUGACGGCACUGGCCGUCGCCAUUCUGAAUUCGAAAAAGAGGUGUCAGAAAAAUAAAAAAGGUAAAAGUCAGACUGAAUUUAAGUAUCUCCUUCAUGCGUUUUUGUUGCAUUUCUUUGGAACAUUCACAUGGAACAUUUACGUGGAACAUUAUUUUUCCCAAACUGCACUGUUGUGUUUUAGAUGUGGAGGAGAACAACUACAUUGAGAUGCAUGGGAAUUUAUGCACCAAAUGGCCACAGGAGGAGACCACAACCCAUCCAGAUCAAGACACCUCCCAUUACGGUAACUCGCAGCAGAGAAUGACACACAGUACAUUUCCAUCAUAGUUUAUUAAGUGAUAGUUAAGACUUACAGUUAGUGCAUUCAUCUUAAGGUAGUUGGUGAGCCAACCACAUAUCACAGUUGUAGUCAUUUCAUCAUAGUUUAAGUGUUCAGUAACAAGUAUUUUAUUUUAACACCGCUUUAUGAUUAUAAAUGUAUAUUUUGUAAGAUGGUGAAAUUGUCUUACCACAGAAUUCUGCAGACCGAUUGCACCAGCUUCAAGCCAGAGAAAGCUAAGACUAUCACUGGAGUUGGAUGAUAUCUAUGUAUGA